CGGGCGCAGACGAGGUAUAAAACGGCUGCAGCCCACACCAGUUGUCACAGUUAACACUCAUGUCCCCGUCACCAAGGUAACCGAGGAUUCCACACCGGAGGCGAGAACGACAAACAAAAAGAUUUAUUUUCCGUCUUGACUUUCGCCCAUCGUCCAGCGUGAGCCAAAACAACGUAAGAAGAUGCUGCCACCAUCCACUCCAAUAACCUUGGCCUUUGUCUUUCUGGUCGGCACGGCACUCGCCCAGUACGACAGCGACAUCGUCAACAAAUGCCCACAGGUGUCACCGGAGGAUCCGAACCCGGACCCGCUCUACUACAGCCACCCUGACGACUGCACCAAAUACGUCAGCUGCGCCUUUGGCCUGCCAUACGUCAUGGAGUGUCCCAACGGCACUGUGUUUAGUGACGUCAUCACUGGCUGCGUACACGAGGAAGGGCCUUACAACAAGUGCGCCAAACGUCCAGAGAACAAGGCAACUUGUCAGGCAGGGUCACGUAAUCUGAUCCCCCAUCCAGACUUCUGCCAACGGUACUACAACUGCAGUGACCACUCGGACAAACGCAUGUCUUACCUGGGCAAGUUUGAGGAGGAGUGUGACUACCCUGACCUAUUUGACUACGUGCUGCUGAAGUGUAUGUCCUUCAAGGUAGCCAAGUGCGCAGAGGGAACCAAAGUGGGUGUGCAGCCAUGCGACUACGUGAGGAACCAGUGUGUGAGCUCUCACUGUGAGCCGUGUUCCUUCCGGGCUCCCUCCUGUCUGGGAAAACCCGACGGCCUACAUGCAUCGAAUCUAAAACGGCAUGUAUAUGUUUUUUGUACUAUGAAAUAUACAAAUUAGCAUUUCAGAUUUGUAUCAUGGUUAGAAAUAUGCCGUAAAAUUGUCUUUGCUCUGCUGCUGAUCGUACAUUUUGUCAUCACGAGUUCUCUAUUUAAAGGUGAACGGGACCCUUCCAGUAUAAUAAUUCUUAUCGUCCUUGAA